UUAUUAAUUUAUUUCAAGUUGUGUAUCGUUCUUCCUAUCGCAUUGUUAAGCUCUUUCUUUAUUACUAUUUUUAAAAUUUUAAAUUGUUACAGGUUUGUAGGAAGCUGCUAGGACUUUUGAUCUUUCUACUUUCCCAAUUUCACAAAUUUGGUCCUUCCAAAUAGUGCAUCAGGUUCUGUAUCUGUAGCCAUGGAUUCAAAUGCUGCAAAAAGGGAUGAUGCAACAUGCCAAACCAUGGUUGAAGCAAAAGACAUAAUAAGCAAACUACAUGAUAGCAUUCUUGGUUACAUAUUGUCUUUCAUUCCAACUAUGGAGGCAGUCCACACUAGUGUGUUAUCAACAAGAUGGAUUCAUGUUUGGAAAUCCAUCACCAAUCUAAAGUUUGAUGAUAGUGUGCUUUGUUGUGGGAAGAGGAUGCAAAAGGAACAAUUUGUGUGUUUUGUGAACACAAUGCUUCUUCACCAUGUCAAUUCAAGUGUCCAAAGUCUCUCUCUUUGUUUAACAUGGUAUCAUUAUGAUUCAUCACAGGUUAGUGCAUGGAUUUCCUCUAUAUUGAAAAGGGUUGUGCAAAAUCUUCAUAUUCAUAUUCACUAUGCUGAUAAACUCCUCUUUCCUUCCCAAACCCUCUUUGGUUGCAUCUCUCUAGUACAAUUGGUGCUUCAAAUGAGAUGCACUCUUAGUGUUCCAAUCUUUUCUUGUCUUCCAAAUCUUCAAAGUGUUACCCUUUCUGGGAUCAUGUUAGUGAGUGAAUCCGAAUCCUCCAAUUAUUCAGAAGAUAUAAUUCUUAGAUUCCCACUUCUCAAAGUGUUUGAAGCCAGAGGAUGUGAGUGGCAAACUAAGCAGAACAUCAAUAUAGAAGCACCUCUACUUGAAAGGUUUUCCAUAGCAAUAUGGAGAUCUCUUUCAAAUGAAUCACAUAAAUCUGGCAUCAAGAUUUUUGCUCCUUAUCUAGUAGAUUUCUCUUAUGAGGGCGAUCUUGAGCAGGAUAUCAUUCUAUUGAAUUCUUCAUCAAUUCGUAGUGCUUCUGUGGUGAUUGUUAUGGAUGAAGACAAAAUGGACAGAAUGGAAAAUCUUGGGUUUCAAGUGCAUAAUCUUCUUGCACAAAUCUGUGAAGUGGAACAACUGAAAUUACUGUUUUACAAGGUUUUAAUGCAUGGUACCAGUAUUUUCACCAAUCUACCAGUAUUUGGAAGGUUGACUUAUCUGCAACUAAAUGAGGUUUCUUGUGAAGCUCUGCUGAACUUGCUCCAUAAUUCUCCAAUUCUCAAUACUCUUGUUUUACAAAAUGGAGUAUUUGACUUGAAUAAAGAUGUGUUGACAUCUGCAUCAGUGCCUCAAUGCUUUGUGUCUAGCCUCAAAGAUUUUGAGUUUAGAGGAUUUAAUGUGCAUGAGCAUGAGCUUCUUCUGGCAAAAUUUGUGUUGGCAAAUGCAGCAGUGUUGGAGAGAAUGAAUAUAUGCACAGCUUUUUGGCUAAGGUAUUCAAAUAUUGACAUGGAGAAAGUGAAGGAGCAAAUACUCUCUUUUCCAAAGUGUUCUAGCCUUGUCAUGAUAGAAUUUUCUCAUGUCAACGAUUAAUUCCUGAAGCCACAACUGUUAUCCUUAGUUUCUUCUAUCUCUAACUGGAAUCUCUGGACCAUAACAAUGUAAAAAUUAAAUGAUGUGUAUACAAAUAAGUUGAAAGAAACUAUAAGGCUUUAGGUUUUAGAAAGUACUCUUUCAGAAGCUUUUAAAUGAGCAUGUAUACAGAAGAGUUGCUUAUUUAAAUAAGGUUUAAUUUUACUUUUGUUACCAAAUA